CUUUGCUCCAUGUACUGUAGUAAUUAUUCAAUUAAACCAGACAUUCCACCACCCAAAUCGAUCUAAUUUUAAAGAACUGCAACACGCCUUAAGGUAGACCGUCGCUUAAUUUAGAUCUACCGACAUAAUCGGCUACAGGCGUUAUUAAUGGUUGCACUCGGCCCUGAAAAACUGUCUCCGAAGGUCAAGUCCAUUCGGAAUCUUCAGAGAAAGUCGAGAGAGAAAAGGUCGCGGCCGAACGCGAAACCUGGGCGCUCGGCCAGCAUAUUCUUUCAGAUUACCGAACUAUUUCGAUGAAGUUCGCGGGAAAUUUCGAGCUUCCGCUGGACUCGGACGAGAUCACCUUCCCUAAUCUGAGGGUCAAAGCAUCAAAUCAAUUUCGUCCGAGCAGUCAAUCGAAGUAGAAGUGUCGCGUUCCUUUUUGUAUAGCGUGUUCUUGACCUUGUGAGUGUAAAACAACGUGGUAAUACUUUCCGACUCUAAUUUAAUUUGUCCUUUCAAUUAGUUCCUAGAUACAGAAAGUGCUAGAAGAAGUUGUGCGUCUAAGAAAGUUUUGUGCGUUUCUUGAUAGAAAGACAGCCAACGACUUCGAGAAGAACACCUGUGACGCUUCUACCAUCUUCGGACCUGAAGAGCGAUCCGUCACCAAAUCGCUCGAGACCUGCGGCUACCAAGCGCCGCUCCAAGAGGGCCCGAUUCGUCAAAAGGGCCACCAGACGACCCUCCACGUGGACCCGCAAUUGAGUCCAAAGGUCGCGAUCCACCGCCGUGGUUACACUGCCCAAGAACCAGGAGCGCAGGACCACGCACGAGCGAACCUUCACCAACAGCAAUCGAUUUCGCUACGUACCACACCAGUGCCUGCAGUAGUCGGUGAGUCCGUUCAUUUUUUCUUUGCGGAGGGCGGCGUCCGCUGAGGACGCCGCGGAGAGAUUUUUUUGCCAACCAAAGGUUGAGGUAUUUUUUCUGGACUGCACAUCCAGGAUUUUGGACGCGUCCAUCAAUUUGGAGGUUGGGUGCAGCAUAACCAAAAACUUGCGCACGUAAUCAGUGGACGACCCACCCAACCACAUUUCUAUUAGACACCCGGGUGUGAAGCUUUCGAUCGUCGCUUCCAUCGUCGAGGAAAAGUGAAUGGGAUGCUGUACAGCCAAGCACAUUGAAACUGAUUGAGCACGGGAGAACAGACAUAGAUAGGGAACAAACAGACAGUAAAAAACGCACACGGUAGGACAAUAGGACUAGGAAAGAUACGAUGUCGGCUUAAGUAAAUACAUGCAUGUGAUGAUUAUUAUUCGUAGUAAAGUUGUUUUUCUUACGUUAGAAUAAAUGUGUUUCCGUUCAUAAACGAUUGUUUGUAGUUAAGUCCUAAGCUUGCCGACGUAGAGAAAGAAGUGUUUCCAUGUUGUCGCGUAUCUUGUUUUUGCGUUGAAUGUCUUCCGCGUGGCGGAAUUUGACUUUAUUUGAUUUUGUCUCGUCUACUCUGGUUGCGCCUCUAGCGGGAACGAUUUGAAGCUUCCAAUGAUGAGAAUCUAGCGUGCAACGUCACAUCUUAGAGUUGCAACGUUUUUAGGUAUGGGUGAUCUCUCACCGCUCUUUGGAGAAAUGGUUUGUUAAUCUGGAAGUUAUAUGUUGGUUGUUUAGGGUAGUUUCCCCAGUUCUGGUGUAGUAAGUAGACGGACUGGCUCGAUCUCUAUUUUCUCUGAAGAUUUUGAAUGGACUCGCCCUGAACGAGUCUCAACCGGGCAAAUUAAACUUGUCUUGCGGUCUCCUAACGGAGUGGCGCUUAAGCCGCAUGAUUUAUUCCCGGAUCGGCCAGUGCCGGCUACAAAAUGGCGCCCAACUGAAAGGUCUUAUGUGGUGUCUGUAGUAUGUGUAUGGAGCAAAUUUUGAGUAUACGGUCUUUGGUUCAAAAUUAUGUUGAUGCGUGAAAUUUCAGAAUUAAUGUACUUAAGUAGAUUCUGAAAAUUAGAUUAUGUUGUAGAGUAUUCGUAAAUUUCAGUAUUUUGUGGAGAAUUUUGUUGAGUAUCUGUGGUUUACGUUUAUAUGGUGUAUUGUUUAGCUUUGAAGCUGUGAUACAGAUUUUUUGAGUUGGUAAUUCAGAAAAUAUUACUUAAUUAUAGAUUUUUGUUUGAACAAACUGGUACAAAGAAAAUGGCUCAUAAAUUUCCUCGUGCUGAUCACUUGACGACUGAGGAGGUGGAUUAUGAACUAACGAUUAGGGAUAGGGCAGCGGAUAUAAGGAGCGAUCUGGAUGCAAAACAGAGACUUUUGAGGAAUCUCUUUUUUGUAGAUGCUAAGGAAGGAAGGGAAUAUGGGUCAAAAUGCACUAUUGAUCAAAUGUUUGAGUUUAUUUUGGGUCAAGUUGAAGCAAUAGAAAAACAGUUGGAAAAAGGACCUGAUGAUAGAUGUAUUUCUCGGCUCAAACAUUAUGCGCUCCGGGUUGAGCGACUACAAGCUCAGAGCCCACAAGGUGAGGAGCUGAAGAACCAACUUGAGAGGGAAGUUAAUAGGCUAUUGAACAAAUUUAGUAGUAAGAAAACUUCUGAAGACAAACAUGCAAAAAAGAGCGAGGAAAAUAAAGGAACUAACGCAGGAUUAAAAGGAAUAGAGGAGUUGUUGAACCAGGAAAAGGAAAAAAGUAAGGAAGCAGGUGCUGAGUCGUUGAGCCUAAUGAAGCAGAAUGUGGUAACAGGACAGCAUGAGAGAUUGGAGGAAAACGUAGAGGCAAAAUUGAGAAGUGCAUUAGAGGAGAAGACAGCGAAAGAAAAGUUUUACCUACAGAAAAUUCAACAGUUGGAAGCAAAGCUGGAGAAGUUUUGUCAAAUUGUGGAAAGGCAAUCUGUUUUGGAGCAUGCUUACCCAAUGCUUUCAACCCCAGAAGUAGCUAGAACAUUACCGGUACCAAGUAACAAAACAGACAAUAUACACACUGGACAACAAGAAAGGAUAUCGCAAACAGAACAGGUUACAGCAAACAUGGUAUCGAGGUCAAAUCGAAAUUGGAACAAUCAGUCGCAAACGGAGCAGGUCGAGUGUAGGAGAGAGAUGGAAGAGGACCCAAGAACCGGAAACAAUAAUCGACUGUAUUCGGUGUGGCGAGAGGAGAAUGACAGAAUGGGAGAUGAGCGCCGCCGACAUGAACAAGAAUUUCAGUCUUGGAGGAGAUCAGCUACAGGAUACGAAGAUGAAUAUGAAAGGAAUGAGAUGAUAGGAAGAGGUAGGGAAGGGGUUACAAACUUUCCAGGGUAUGGAGGACCCAGACAACUCGAUACUAACCAUCGGAAUGAGUUUUCGCGGAUUAACGAAAAUCAACAGCCGUAUAUUGGCAGAUUGUCAGCUAUUCAACAGCCGAACGAUGAUGAAAGCAUACCAGACGACUUUAGGAGGGAACAUAGAGCAAAUCGUCAACCGGAAGCUCGAUCACAAAAUCGAUACGCAAGAUCGGAGGACUUGGAUAACGGAUCGAGGGGAGACCAUUCAGGAAACCGUUCAUACCAACGUAACAUUGAGGCAGAGAUAAUCAACGCGGAUAGACGUAUGGAGAAGUGGCACCUGACUUUUAGUGGUGAUGGACGUCAGAGAUCAUUGGAGGAUUUUCUCCACAAGGUGCGGCGGUUAGCCAGAAUGGACAGGAUUUCUGACGGCAUCCUUUUGCAACGAAUCCAUACAAUUCUACGCGGGGAAGCAUACGAUUGGUAUCUCUGUUACGCGGACGAGUUCCUUGAUUGGGCGGACUUCGAGGAAAGGAUUCGCUACAUGUAUGGAAACCCGAACAAGGACCAGGGUAACCGACAGAAGAUCUACGAGCGGAAGCAACAACGGAACGAGACCUUCCUGACGUUCAAAAUGGAGGUAGAGCGGUUGAACAAACUUUUAAGUACUCCAUUAGACCAAACCCGUCUGUUUGAAAUAAUUUGGGACAAUAUGCGCCCUCACUAUCGGUCGCGGUUGGCGUGUAGAACGGUAAGGGACUUGCGAAUGUUGGAGUACUACGCGUAUCGCAUAGACGCAAACGAUCCGACGUUUAGAGGUCACCGGGAAGGACCCAAUAGGCCGACCGGAAAUGUGCACAACAUUGAGGCAGAAAACGAGUCAAGCGACUCGCAUUCGAUUUAUUCGGAUUCGGAAGAGGUGAAUGCUCUGGACAGAAGGUUCAACAGGGACAGAAGAAGCAAGGACGACCGCAGACAGACGGAGAGGAAAGUGUCGGAGACUCCAACUCAACCACAAACGGUGCAGCAACCGGCACAGCAAACACUGAGAGAAACUUCACAAAUGCUGUGUUGGAACUGUGGAAAGACAGGGCACAUGUGGAGGUAUUGCCGAGAAGAGAAGCGGAUCUUCUGCUAUGUUUGUGGAACUCCAGGCAAGACGUCCGUCAAUUGCCCAAACCACCCAAGAUCGUCUCAACAGGUUAUGUCGGGAAACUAG